AUGGCCUCAGAGACCUACAUGCCCGGCCCUGUGUGCCUCAUCGAGAACAUGAAGGGGCAGCUAGUGGUCAAGCAGGAAGCCCUGCAGAUCCUGUCAGCCAUCACUCAGCCCAUGGUGGUGGUGGCCAUCAAAAUACACGAAUUCCAAAUCCCCUUCUCUGUGACAACCCCUGCACUCCCCUCUGCAGGCUUCUCUGUGGGCUCCACGGUGCAGUCUCACACCAAGGGAAUCUGGAUGUGGUGUGUGCCUCAUCCUGAGAAGCCAGGCCACACCUUAGUUCUGCUGGACACCGAAGGCCUGGGUGAUGUAGAGAAGGGUGAUGAUAAGAAUGAUACCCAGAUCUUUGCCCUGGCAAUCCUUCUGAGCAGCACCUUUGUAUACAAUACCAUGAACAAAAUUGACCAGGGGGCUAUUGGCCUACUGCACAAUGUGACAGAACUGACAGAUAUACUCAGGGCAAGGACAUUGCCUGACAAUGGAGUGAAAGAUGCUGAUGACAUUGGAAACUUCUUUCCAGACUUGGUGUGGACUCUAAGAGACUUCUACCUAAGCCUGGAAAGAGAUGGACAACUCAUGACAGCAGAUGAAUAUCUGCAGAAUUCACUGAAGAUGAAGAAAGGUAGUGAUCAAAGAACUCAAAGUUUCAAUUUGCCUCGUCUGUGUAUUCAGAAGUUCUUUCCAACAAAGAAGUGCUUUGUCUUUGACUCACCCACUCACCAGAAGAAGGUCUCCCAGCUAGAGACACUGAAGGAGGAUGAGCUGAGUUUUCAGUUUGUGCAACAAAUGGCAGAAUUCUCUUCCCACAUCUUCAACAAGUCCAAGAUCAAGACACUUCCAGGAGGCAUCAAGGUCAAUGGACCUUGUUUAGAGAACCUGGUGGUGACCUAUGUCAAUGCUAUCAACAGUGGGGAUCUGCCCUGCCUGGAGAAUGUAUUCCUGGCCCUGGCCCAGAGAGAGAAUGCAGCUGCAAUAAAAAGGGCACUUGCCCACUAUGACCAGCUGAUGGGCCAGAAGGUGCAGCUGCCCACAGAGACCCUCCAGGAGCUGCUGGACCUGCACAGGGCCAUCGAGAGAGAGGCCAUAGAAAUCUUCAAAAAGAACUCUUUCAAGGAUGAGGACCAAAGUUUCCAGAAGGAAUUACAGACCCUACUAGAUGCAAAGCAGAAUGACAUUUGUAAGCAGAAUGAGAAAGCCUCUUCUGAUUGUUGCUCAGCUUUACUUCAGGAUAUUUUUGGUCCUCUGGAAGAAGCAGUGAAGCAAGGGCUUUAUUCUAAGCCAGGAGGCCAUAAUCUCUACCUUGAGAAGAAAAAGGAGCUAAUGACAAAGUAUCAUCAAGAGCCCAGGAAAGGAAUACAGGCUGAGGAAGCUCUGCAAAAGUAUUUAAAGUCCAAAGAGUCUGUGAGUAAAGCUGUUCUACAGACAGACCAGGCUCUCACAGCCAAGGAAAAGGAGAUGGAAGAGGCACGUGCAAAAGCAGAGGCUGCCAAGGCUGAAGCAAAAAGUGUGGAGGAGAUUCGUAGGCAUAUGCAGCAAAUGAUGGAAGAGAAGGAGAGACUCCAUCAGCAGCAACUAAGACAAAUAGAAAUAGAAAGAGCAAAGUGUCUGGCACAGCAACAGUUGGAGCAGGAACGUCGUCUGCGGGAAGAAGCCCAAAAGCUCAAGUUGAUGCAUCAGGCUGAAAUGUCAAGGUUUCAAGACCAGAUCCAGCAUAUCCACAGAACAAUGUCUGAGCCACAAGCUGCUCGAUGUAUCAUUCUCUAAAAUACAUCAAAGCUUCCUUAUUUCUUUUCACUAAAGACACAAAGAAACAAGAAACUAAAGAACUUGGAACAAUCAACAUUUAAAUAAUCCUAAAGCCUUCUGCCUAGUCUUCUAAUUUGUCUCUAGAUAUUGCAAGUCACCCAGGCGUCUAGGUAUCGCAAGUUAUCACAUGGGCUCAGUCAAAUGGAACAGUACCCUGUUCAGCAUCACUACUGCUUAUGGUCAUGUGCUGGAUGCCAUCACAGGGAGGCACCAAUGGUACCAUGGAACAAUCCACAGUUCUUACCUGGUUGGAGACUGCUAUACUAUGGGCAGUGGUGCAAAUCAGCACUCUCAGUUGGCCUUCUGCAUAGAGAAAUUCCAAGUUCAAAGGAAACAAUGUUAACAUGAAAUGGAGAUCUUUAGAGGAUGAAAGGAAAUACUACUAUGGAAAUUGUGUCAUAGGCUUAAGGACUAAACAAAAAGCUUUUUCCUUUUCUCUAAUCCUCACUAAUUCAUAACUUAUAAUAGGUAACAACUUACAUGUGACUUAAUAUUUUUGCAUUACAUAUUUAUAAUCCUUUAGAGCUUGUAAAUAGGAAUCAUAAGUAAUAAUGUGUAAUGAGCCCAAGUUCUGAUGGUGCUCAUAGAAUGAGUUUGGAAGGGUUCCUUCCUUUUCUAUUUCAUGCAAUCCUUUGAGGAGUAUUGGCUUUAAUUUUCCUUUGAAGAUCUCAUGGAACUCGGUUGAGAAUAUGUCUAGUCCUGCUUUCUUAAUUGGUUGGCUUUUGAUGGUGUUUUCUAUUUCAUUACUUAAAAUUGAUCUGUUUAAAUCAUGUAUGACCUCCUAAUUCAGUUUGAGUAGGUCAUAUACCACUGCAAAUUUGUCAGUGUCUUUGAUAUUUUCUAUUUUCUUGGAGUAUAAUUUUUCAAAAUAGUUUCUAAUUAUCUUCUUAUUUUAGAUGUGCCAUUGUGAUAUUUUCUUUUUCAUCAUAUAUUUUAGUAAUUUGAAUUUUUCUCUCUUUUUCUUUUUGUUAGCAUGGCUUAUCUAUUUUGUUUAUUUUUUCAAAGAACCAACUUUUGGUUUGGUCAAUUUUUUUCAGCUGUUCCUUUGUUUCAAUAACAUUGAUUUCAGCUCUGAUUUUAAUUAUUUCUUAUCUUCUACUACUUUUGGUGUUGAUUUGUUCUUUUUCUAGGACUUUGAGAUGUGAUGUUAAGUCAUUUAUUUGUUGACUUUUUAUUCUGUUAAUGAAUGAGCUCAGUGCAAUAAACUUUCCUCUUAGUAGUGCCUUCAUAGUGUCCCAGAGAUUUUGAUAUGUUGGUAAUGUCUCUUGAAUAUACAUAUCAUCAAUGAAAGAGAAUAGAACAUGAAAAAAAAAACUAUAUCGGAAGUAUGGAGGGUAAAGAUGGACUUUUAAAUA